AGCUAUACCAAUUCUCUCAAAACAACUCAUUUCUUGAUGAUUAUGGAACCAAAGUUCCUUCAUUUGCUCUCUUGCAUUCUCCUUCUCUUUCUUCUCAACCCUUUGCCAUUGUUCACUCAUGCAAAUUCCCCAAAUCAACUUUAUACACAAGAAUCAUCAGGUAUGGAUUUCCUCAAAACCCUAGUCGGAACCCGAAAAGGAACCACAUCUAAAGGCAUCUCUCAACUCAAGAAGUACCUCUCACACUUCGGAUACAUGAAUCAUAAAAAUAAUAUUAUACUGGCACAUCAAACAGAUGAUUUCUUUGACGAUAAUUUAGAGUUGGCUAUAAAAAGUUACCAGACAUUCUUCAAGCUCGAGGUAAAUGGGAUUAUGGAUGCUAAUACUAUCACCCAAAUGUCACCCCCCCGAUGUGGGGUGCCCGACUCUUUCAACCUCAACAGAAGCCACGAACUCUACCUCCGGAUCCCAACCUUAGCCUCACAUUAUAUUUUCUUUCCAGGCGAGCCCAAAUGGCCUCCGACAAAGAGAAGCCUCACAUAUUCAUUCCCAUCGGGUGCACCGACUGAUGUAACUAACUCCAUUCUGCAUGCAACCCAAAUAUGGGCUAGUGUGUCACCCUUUACAUUUUCAUACACACCGGAUUAUGAUCAAGCUGACAUUAAGAUUAGUUUUCAGAAUCGGGAUCAUGGGGAUGGGAAUCCAUUUGAUGGGCCUGGAGGGAUUUUAGCGCAUGCUUAUGCGCCAUCUGAUGGUAGGCUUCACUUUGAUGGAGAUGAGAGAUGGGUGGAUGGUGUUACACCAGGUGCAUUUGAUCUGCAAACUGUAGGCUUGCAUGAGUUAGGGCAUGUUCUAGGACUUGGGCAUAGUAAUGAUACCGGGGCCGUCAUGUAUCCGUAUAUUGGAGAUGGUCUCAGAAAGGUACUGGGACAAGAUGAUAUUAAUGGAAUUAAGGCGUUGUAUCAAUUCUAGGUAAAAUAGAAUCUAAUCUUCUUAUUUGUAUAUCGACAUAAUUAAAGAUUAAA